AUGACGCCAAUCCACCUCGUCUCCAAGCACAACAACGCCCAAACAAAAACCGGCUACAUUGACCAAUCAACCCUUCCCCCUCUCCAAGAAUCCCCCUCCUCCGUCCGCGUGCGCACCCAACUCAUUUCUCUCUCCUCCAACAACCUCACCUACGCGCUCGCCGGCGACCGCUUCGGGUGGUGGUCUGCUUAUCCCGUUCCGGCCGGCACCAAACUCAAGUCUGCAGAAUCCCAAAAAGACACGUCCACCGAUGCCGACCUUGACCUGAACGCAUCAUGGGGCAUAGUCCCAGCCUGGGGCUACGCCUUGGUCUCGGAAUCCACUCAUGCUUCUAUCGCGAGUGGCUCUCUCCUCUGGGGUUUCUGGCCUACCUCUUCUCACUCCUUCGACUUGACCCUCGCCUCCUUCCCCGAGUCCGACCGUCAACCAGACUCUCACUUCCGCGAAGCCUCCCCCCACCGCGCAAACCUAAUGGCCAUGUACAACCGCUACGUCCUGGUCUCCCCCUCCCCCCGGCUUAACUUGGACAGCGACUCAGCAGCUCAAACGGUCCUCUCCCGCCCCGUCUUCGAAUGCGGCGUCCUACUCGAGAAAUACACCCUUCACCGCCACCGCUUCACCCACCCCCUCGGCUUGCCGCGUGGUGCACCAGCUAACACCAUCCCUGGCGUCCCCGCUUGGGGAGAAAAGGAUGCCGACCUAAGAAAGGCCGUGGUGGUCAGUUUAUCGGCUGGUACCAAGACCGCGAGGAGCUUUGCGUGGAUGUUGACGAGCGAGAGGAGUGCGAGGGGGGAGUUGGAAACAGAGGGGCCGAGGGGAUUAGUGCAGGUUACUAGUGUCCCGCAGACGCUGGCAGACUUUGCUGCUGGAGACAGAAGGAAGACCAAGUUGAAGGUGAAGAACGUGGGGUACGGAAGAGAGGAGUUGAGGGCGGUGGUGGAGUGGGUUAGAAGACUUCAGGAAGAGGAAGGGGUGGAGAGAGUGGUGAUGGUGGAUUUUGGAGCGGCGAAGGAGGUUACCGAGGCUUUGGUUGAGGGGUUGAAGGCAACCGCCGAAGGUGGUGGUGAUAGGAAGGGAUUGGACGUGUUGGGGUUGGCGGUUGGAAACGAGUCCAAGGUGUACUCGGGUGAGGAAAUCCAGGCACGGAUGGCGAGUGGGCAGGCGCUUGGGAAGGUGCAGUUUAACACGAGUGGGGUUCGCGAUAGGGCGGCUGAAGUGGAGGGCGCCACGGCUUACUUUGAUGGGGUGGAUGAAGCCUGGAAGCGAUGCUACACAGAGACGGGAUUGGGGGAGGUCCGAUUCGAACGGUACCAUGGUGUCGAGGGUGCCAAUGGUAUUGAGGGCGCGUGGGGGGCGCUCUGCGAACAAAAAUUGGCCCCCAAUACCGGAAUUGUGGUUCGGUUGAUAUCUUGA